AUGGCAGAUCUGGCAGAAGAUCCCUUCGUCGAAGCUAACGACGACGUGCUGCGUCGUAUAACGGAAGCGUUGCGAGUGGAUUCUCGUGCAGAUCUUGGGAUUACUCUGCAUAAACUGUCACAGAAUUAUUCCCGUGUGAGGAAAGUUGCCGAGAGUAGAGCAGAGAGAAGAAAACUGGAAGGUCAAGUUGUGGUGCAUUCUCGGGCGCUAGCUAGUCCUACUGAGCGCCCUAGCUCCGCCAGGCUGGCAUUUGCACGCGCGUCCGACCCUACUACUGUCCUCUGGCCUUUUUCUGCUCAGAUAUGCUCUCUGCUCGGAGUUUCCAGCUACUCAACGACGUCUCCGCCAUCUUUUCCAUCCUUUCCUCAGAUUCUGAAUUGCGGAAGAACCAUCUGGGAGAACACAGCCCGUGCGGUCAUCCAGCUGUGCGACGGGAUUCUCGUGAAAGUCGGACAGUUGGAACGUGAUGAGCCUGUGCUCCUCGAUUUCAUUUCAUCCCACGCACCUGGCAUACCUAUCCCGAAGCCGUUAGGUUUCAUGAAGAUCGGCAAAAUCUCAUAUAUGUUCAUGACUGUUAUUCCAGGUGCUCCGCUGGAAGAGCGCUGGUCGUUUCUCUCCCAGGAUCAGAAAAUCAGCAUAUCUAAUCAGCUCAACGAGAUGUUGGUAGAGUUGCGCCGCAUUGAGUUCCCUCCCGGGACGCCUCUUGGAUCAGUAUCUCCUCGCCACCUAUGCGUCGACACUCGCAUAUCAAUGCGACCGUCGCCUCACACACUGUUCACAGAAUCCGAGUUCAGUGAUUUCCUCGUUUCUCGUCCUCUACCUAACGUUUCCGCGAUGGUCCUGAAGUGGUUUCGUUCGCUGCUCCGCGACGACCACCGUAUUGUACUCACUCAUGGGGAUUUUCAUCCGCGGAAUAUCAUGAUUGUGGAGGAAGGCGACGAAGUGCGCGUUUCAGGGAUCAUUGAUUGGGAGAUGGGCGGCUGGUAUCCGGAGCAUUGGGAGACGAUUAAAACAUUCAACACGAGAGGAUGUGAUGAGGACUGCGAUUUCUGGGACUACCUUCCCGAUGCGAUUGCUGGAUACACGCACGAACUAACGGUUGAUUUCAUUAUGGACCAUUUUAUUAGCAUCUGGUAG